AAAUUGCUUUAUCGUGAUUGGCUGUCGAUUGGCGGAGUGGCUGAACACGCCCUAAUUUAUGCUAAUCUAUUCGGCCAUGCGAUGUACGUGAGAGGUCAGGAUUUCCAGAAUGCCACAGAAAGCGCGGCGKUGACUGUGUACGUUGGACUUUUUACUUUGUAUUUCCGACAAAAUGGAGUUCGRAAUCCUUCCUCGUGGUUGAGUAAUUGUUUUCUWCAACUUUUGACUUCGUAAAAUGGCGUUUGACUUCUUUGCGGGAUGCUUAGGAGGUCUUGCUGGUGUUGUUGUAGGACAUCCAUUUGAUACCGUUAAGGUUCGUCUACAGACUCAAUCGCAUCACUACCGAGGAGUAGCAAACUGCUUUAUCACUAUUGUACACAAAGAGGGAUUUUUAGGUCUUUUCAGAGGAAUGGCAUCGCCUAUGGCUGGUCUAGGAUUUAUCAAUGCUAUUAUAUUUGGUGUGCAAGGUGAAACAGUGCGACGAUUUAAACUAACAGGUUUAAAAGGAGAAUGCAUUGCUGGGGCUCUUUCAGGUGCUGUUCAAUCAAUCAUUUGUGGACCAAUGGAACUUGCGAAAACAAGAGUUCAAGUGCAAGGCAUAGAUAAAGCAUACAAACAUAUAUUUUUUCACACCAUUGGAGAAGGAAGCAGCUCGAACUAUUAUGGCUCUUUUGAUUGCAUGGCUAAAAUUUACAAAACUAAUGGUCUAAAAGGAUGUUUCCGUGGUUUGGGAAUCACCUUCUUGAGGGAUACCCCAGCUUUUUCAUUGUACUUUGGUUCUUUUUACAUGUUUUGUAACUGGUUAACACCACAAGGUAGCUCUCCACAUGAGCUUAGUGCUGGUAGACUUUUAAUCGCAGGAGGUCUUGGAGGAACUUUUUCAUGGGUUGUCUUAUACCCAAUUGAUGUCAUUAAAUCGAAAUUCCAAGCAGAUGGUGUGGGACCCAAACCAAACUACAAUGGAUAUAUCGAUUGUGUCCAAAAAACCUACAAGUCUGAAGGACUCCAUGGAUUUGGUCGGGGAAUGCUUGCAACUAUUUUGAGGGCAUUUCCUGUCAAUGCAGCAACUCUGACAGUGGUGACCAUCACUUUGCGAUUUGCAAAUACUAGAGAUUCUCAAUUAGAGAUUGCUUAGGAUAUUUUGUGGGGUACAUAUCAGAUACCACGUUCAAUAUCCCAAUUUAUACAGUAAUCAAGAUGGCUAUAAAUAUGGUAGAAGAAUUUAUUAAUAUUAAGAUUUUAUAGUAUUAGAAUGUAGUUAGAUAGAUCUUUCAAAUAUUCAUUCAAAACUGCAAACUAUAUUUCUAUAUGUCUGCAACUUUGACAACCCUAACCCAUUUAUAARCAUAUGAAUAUUUAAAAUACCCAUCAAAUGUACAAUAAGCUGUCUAAGAUGCACUCAGAGAAUGCAGACUUAUACCCAGUCGCACACUGCAUGAAGAGAAUGGGGAGGGAAAGGCAGGAGUCUUYUUUUCUCAGCCCCUUCAAGCGUAUYRAAAAGUAAAGAGUAAUGACUGGUUACAAGUCUGACAGAGAAUGCCAAGAUUUAUGCUACUCYUUGAAAUCAUUGAAAAUUCCUGGAACUUAAAAAUAGGAAAAACUCCUGAAAUGCCUAGAAUACCCCUUGAAUAUAUAAUAAUACUGAAACUUUUUGUUGCUUUUUUAACUUUAAUUUGGAUCUAAAUAAAUUUUGAAAAUUAUAAAAUUUGCUGCUGGAAACUACACCCUUUUUUGUGUUUAAAAAGURAUUGAAGAAUCCUGGAAUUUUGUGAUGAAAAUGUAGCAUGAACCCUGKUGUGGUUGUAAUCAAUGAAAGRAACUUUAUUUAAAGACAACCUUUUAUAUUUUCUGUCAAAUUUCUAUGUAUAGUUUUCAAAAACUUUCUGUUUUUUCUCUCAUCAAAAAUACUGUUUACCUCAACUAUCUCUUCAAAUCUUAAUAUUUAAAAAAAAAUAAAAAGCUAUGAGCAUUAAGGGACAAAAAAUGUACUUUUUGAAAUAAUAUGGUGCUCUUGCAAAUGCUGAAAUUAAAAGCUAAAUUGCUUCAUAUUUACAUAAUGCUAAAUUACAUAAUGCACAUAUACGAAAUGACUUCAUAUUUACAUCAUUUUGAAAAUAGGUUGAAAUUAUGCUUUGGUUUAUAUCAUUCACAGUUCAAAGYAACAUACAUUGUGGCAUGGUCGAGCUUGCUGUGAUAAGAAUCUUAAAGAAAUUGCAAUCCAUUGCAUGGCCUACCUCGAUAAGUUUUUUUUUUCUAUCUGUAGGCCAAUGGAACAAUAGACUGAUUCCACCAGUCUGUCUGGUCGUUUUUUUUACUGCUCCUGGACAGACGCUAGUUGAAUUGAGAAUUCAAACCGACGAACGGAAACUACGACUUAUGGAAUCAGUCUGAUGGAACAAUAAACAACUGAAAAUAUAUAUAAAACCAAUAAAUUAGUUUCUGAUAAUAGAGUUAAAUUCAAACAAUGGAAAGGUCUUUGGACAUCUCUAAAAUUGUUUUUAGAGCAUUGCAAUUAUAGUAUUUUCAUUUAAAGAGYUUAAAAUGUAACUGACCAUUGAUACUUUUACAUUCCGGCCACAACUUAUGUAUCAGAUAAAAUCAUUGGCUUACAUAUAAAUAGGGAACAUGAAUUUAUAGCAUCCAAAAAAUAGAUAUUUUUCUUGCAUGCAGUUUAGGGAUUUUUAUAAAUUGUAAAAAGAAUGCCCAAUUGCUUUAGGGUUAGAGUUACUUGUAUAUAUUACGCAAAACCUCUAGAAAUAAAAUAUAAUAAGCUGC